CGCCCUGGUGCAGCGCCCGUCGGCCACUUAGUGUCGACAAAAUGCCCUCUUGAUCGGCCCUCCACUCCCAGACUUUGCGCUCCUUCACCCUGCAUACGGCCCUUUCAGCCAUGGUCUCGAGGUCCCCGAAUCACCAUGCCGCUCCCUCGCGGCCUCCUCGGACCGUCCAUUCGCAGGAUCUCCAGGCUAGCCGCUAUCCCAUCACCGUCCUCCACGACAUCCCGCGUCGACACGCUAGCCUGCAGCGUGAGGCGGUACCACGUCGAGGGCCUGAUGCUAGCCCCGGUCGUCUUCGGCGGCCUAUUCGUAUCGCUAUGGACCUGGAAGUGCUUCUUGAUGGUCAUCUUCCAGAAUAAGAUGAUAUACAUGCCUGGCCUGCCACCAAAUGCGCGGCAGGAGAAGAUUCGAGACUACGCCAGCCGGUGCGGCGGCAUUCAGUGGCGUGAGGAACGAGUACGCGCCGCCGAUGGUACAGAUCUUGCCUUAUGUGUUACCGACGUGGACCUCGGCUCUUCUGCACCAGCUGCGCUGCCAGACAUUGCGUUAUAUAUCCUCUAUUUUCAGGGAAAUGCCUCGUCGAUCCCGCCGCGCCUACCCGACCUCUCUUCCGCGUUGUGCAGGUUGAAGAGGAUCUCUCCAAAGGAGGGUGCCGCUAGCAACGCUCGAUGUACUAUGGUAUGCCUGAGCUAUAGAGGCUAUUGGACUUCGCGAGGUCGCCCUUCCGAAAAUGGUCUGACAAUGGAUGCCGCUGCCGCUCUUCGGUGGAUUUCUCAGCUACACAAUAAUUCUCACGAUAAGGGACCUCGCAAAACGAAUCCGCCGGCCAAGCUCGUCCUUUGGGGCCAGAGCAUCGGGGCGGGCGUAGCUACCAAUCUGGCCGCCAAGGCUCCGAUGCCCGCAAAUCUGUGCCUGGAUUCUUUGAUUCUGGAGACACCCUUUACGUCAAUUCGCGCCAUGCUACAAGUACUCUAUCCGCAAAAGUGGCUACCGUACCGGCACCUCUGGCCUUUCCUGCGAAAUCACCUCGAUAGCUGGACGAACCUGGGCAUCAUCUCCCAGAAGCAUAGGACCCCAACGUCGGCGCCGGAGGUGCUCAUCGUGGAGGCGGCGAAGGACGAGCUUGUCCCUCUAGAGCUUAGCCAAAGGCUGUAUGACCGAUGCUUAGAUGUCCAACUUCCCGUGACGAGAAAGGCCGUUGCCGGAGCUUUUCAUAACGAUGCGAUGUUUCGAAGUGAAGGCAGAAAGGCCGUCUCCGAGUUCCUAUCACGCAGAAUUCGCCUCUAGUGUGCCGAACCUGCCCGGCCCCGCUCCUGCUCCGAUGCCUGUAACAUUAAUACUAUGCCUGGGGAGUUGAAUCGGCAAUCCGAGAUGUGCAACGACUUUGGGAUGGACGGGCGCGAAAUUAGCCUAUGCUUCCCCUUCAAAUUCGUCGAUCUGACCUGAUCUUCGGGACUAGAACCUAACACAUUAGCACUAAGCUAUGUGACAAACCGCCAAUCCCGGUGGGAUAGGAACUUGGACCGAUGAUCUCGAUUAAGAGGCUAUCUCUUCGCUCACGGUUCUAUCGUAGUCCAUAAGUUCGGACGUUUAUACCGAGGACCUUGACCUACCCGGUAGCCUGAAGUACGUGGUCGUCCAGGUCAACUCGAUGAUUGAUUCUGAGU